AUGAUGCCCAUAGCAAAUAAAAACAAUGAUGAUGUUUUGACGUCAUUCGUUAACGUCGAAAAUUUUAUAAGAACAUAUGCGAAAGAAGGUACUGAUGGUACUUCAACAUAUGGUUUUACUACAAUUGAUCAAUUUAUUGAUAGGAAUUUUGAAUUAUUAUUGGAUUCUCAAAAAUUUAAUACAAUUGAUUCAGGAUUAACAAAUCCAAAUACAAAUGAUAAAUUAACUUUAAGAGGUACAAAUUAUAAGACUUGCAAGGAAAAUAAUGAAACCGCAUUCCAUAUUUCAAAACUUUUCAAUUUGAAUUAUCCUGAAUCAAUAAGAGUAUUAUCUCAAAUGACAGAUUCUUGGGAUUAUAAUAAUAGUGCUUCUUUGGAAACAUUGACAGAAUGUGUAUUAAAAGAAAGAAAUUCUACUAUUAAUGUUGUUUCUUUACUUUUCAAUGAUAAUAAUUUACCUGUACUUGAAAAUAAAUAUUUUGAUAAAUUAACAGACAGCAAAACAAAAUUAUCUAUUGUGAAAAAUUUAAUUAAAUCUAUUGAAUUUGUAUUAACUACGUUUAAUGUAAAUGAUAAUGUUUCUACUAAAGUCUCUGAAUUCAAAUUAUCCAACGCUGAAUUUAAUGACUUAUUAAAAAUGAAAAAUUCUUAUGACUUAAUAUAUUUAACUAAUAUUUUAAAAUUAUUAUCAAAUCUAAUAUUAAAUACAUUAGUUCCUGUGGAAAUAGUAAAAAGUUGGUUUACAGUAUCCAUUGAUAUGGUAUCAUUUUUAAAGAAUAAUUUAGCAUCAAUCAUUAUUAACAUCCCAAUGAAUAUAAUAACCAAAAUAGAAUCUUUAGUAAGUAUCAAUUCUUUACUUAUAUUGGGUUUAGACACUACUAUUUCUUCUAUUAAUAUUGAUGCCCCAUACUUUAAUGAUCCUGUAUGUUUCACUGAAGUACAAGGAAUAAUCGAUGAUUUGCCAACUGAUCCUAUUUUGUCAUAUAUGUGGUCCUUUGUACUUUAUACUAAAGCUUUCUUAAUCGAAGAAGAUACAACCAAACAUGCUGCUUUCUUAGAUCAGUUCUUAAAAUUAAGUCAAAUUAAUAUAUCCUUGGAAGAUCUAUCAGUACUGUACGCGCAACGAGCAGAAUCGCAUAAUGUUUUAGAAGCAAUGAUAAAGUUAACAGACUCCCUAGGGACAGAUUAUUUGUAUCCAACAAUUAUGUCAUCAUUUCUAACUUUUCAAUUGAAUUUCAUCCCGAUUACUGUGGAAGUAUCAAAUGUUAUUAAGAGAAUAUUACUAAACACUCCACGAGAGUUUGUGGAAAAGUUUCUAACUAGUGAGAUAUUUGAUAGGAGACUUUCGGUCAUUUUAGCUAAAUUACCGCUGGUUGAUGAAGCAUUGAUACCAUUAAUAAAUAUUUGUUCAUCAAAUAUUGAAUUUGCUAACUUCCAUCUACAUGAAUUGAAUACAUAUGCUACCUCUCUUGAUUUGAGCAAAGUUGAAUAUGAUAUUGUAGAUGAAGAACUAACUGAAGAAGAAAAUAACAAAUUAUCCACUCCAAAUAAUGUUCCAAAUAUGACUGAAAUGAUUAGACUAAAUAAAGACGUUAUGGUACAACCACCGUUAGAAACAGAUAAGAACACAUUGAUGCCAAUUCCAAAGGAUACAAGAGCCAAAAUAUUGCAAACUGGAUCGUCUACUGAUGAUAAUAUUCUGGUAUUUCUUUAUGAUUAUAAUGGUUGGUCAACAAUUGGAUAUGCUUUCCAAAAAUUGUGUGAAAUAUAUACUCAGAGAAAUGAACAAAUGAAUGAUAAGUACCAUGGCAUGAUUGUCUCCAUUAUCGAAUUACUUUCAAAUGUUGUAUCUACUGAAGUUCCUAUCAACAUGUCAUCCAGCAUUUUGGCCGAUAUGUCUUGUGCUAUAGAUCAUGAAAGUGUCAUUCUACUUGUAUUUAAAAUAUUUGAAGCCGCCAUUAGGAAUAGAGACAACAACAUGGCUUGUAUAUGCUGUGAUUUUGCAAACGCAUUAGUUCCAAAUUAUCCUCAGUAUGUCUGGCAAUAUUUAGCUCGUUCUGAUCUUUUGGACAGAUACGGAAAAACUGGACUUGCUAGUACUAUUUUGGGUAUACUAGAAUUAUCAAACGGUACAUAUAGGUUUACCAUUGCCUUAAGUAAAUUGACUAAUUUAUUGGUGGAGGAAUCAUUAUUAUUGGGUACCAAUAUGCCAUCAAAGACAAAGGAAGAUAUUUUAAAUAAAUUGAUCACAUAUUUUUUGAACAUCUAUGAAAGUUAUCAUUUUUGGAAAUUUGAAGAUAUCUAUGAGAGAUUUGAAUUGGGGUCGCAGUUAACAAAGUUAUUUAUGAAUGUUUUAUACAAUAUUUACAGCAUCGAUCCCCAAUCUCCUCCAGAAAAGAAAGUUACACAUAUGCUCGCCAAAUCUGGAAAAUUGUUACUGAAUGGAUUCUUGGGUGUUCAGUCUUCUGAAUCCAAUUGUGCUAGUAGUUUGAUCAAAAUAUUAACUUCUUACACUGAUAAACAAGUAUAUGCUUUAGGGAACCUUGUUUUUGGACCUGUUUACAAUGAUUUAGUAAUCGCUUCAUUUGAUCUUUCAAUCUUGUUGGUUUCAUUGAGAAAUUCGUUACACAUGAAAAUGAGUUCAUUAGAACAAUUGAUAUUUACAAACUCCUCGCAACUGGUUGAUAUAUUUUGUCUUUCUAGAUCUUUGAAGAGGCCAAUUAUUAAUCUUCUAAAUACCGUUGUCUCAAUAUCUUGGAUAGGCGAAAAUCCACUCAUUUUGUCAUAUUUAGGGGAAACACAUGCCAAGAUAUUUGUUCAUGUUAUUGAAGCAGAUCUUGAAAACCCACUGGAUGACUUUAAAUUAUCAAAUGAUAUAUAUGAAUUUUUGGGUGCCCUACUUGAAAGUAGGCAACAUGGUCUCUCGAUUUUAUUUUUAACCGGUGAUAUUGCAACAAGUAAUAAUAUUGAUGGGGAUGAACCAACCAACAAGGGUAAUGGAGGUAACAAGUCUAUAUUGACAGUUUUGCAAAAUAACGCUUUAAAAUUAGAUUUACUUCCAGAUUAUGUUUCUUGUGCUUUGCUAGAUGCUAUCGCAUUUGCAUUUAAUUCAUGGGUUCACAAGAAGAGUAUUAAAAAUGAUGUCGCAUUUAUUGACACAUUGAUGAAAAUUUUCAAGCAGUUCAAACCUUCAAAUGAUCUCUUUGAUGAUAUGACAAAUGAUAAAAUUUUGGAGAUCUCGAAUAAAUUUAGACUUGCAUCUCGUAUUGCGGAAAUUUUUGCGUUAUAUGUUUACAGUUCCGAUAAUACGUUGUCAUCAUCAAUACAUCAACUUUUAGGCUCAGACGAUUUAUUUUCAGUUAUUAAACCAUAUUUUGAAAUUCAAAAUGAAUAUAUUGAUUUCCUCGAAAAUAUUGACAAAGAAUUCAAUAAAAAAUUUCCAAAUUUAUCAUUGAGUAGGUUUAGAUUAGAGCCUCUAAUUAAACCACAAAGUCAUCACAACUGCGAUAUGUUCAACUUAGACCUAAUUUCUACUUUAUUUAUUGGCAAGACAAAUGCUAUUGAACUAAAUGAAAAGGUAUCCCUGAUUGAGGAUAUUAAGAAUGUUUCUUUAAGAUUACAGUAUGCCAAUCAUCAAAUAGCGGCAGCUAAAGCAUGGGGAGCUUUGUUGACCUCAUACAUUAAGGGUUCUGCUGGUCAAUUAAAGGACACUUACAUUGAUAUUAUUUGUUAUUUCUUACAAACCAAUAUCGAUGAAGAGAGAACUCGUGGAUUACUGGCGGAUGUAUUUCAGGAAAGAAUGGAAUUAUGCUUCUAUAUAUUAUAUUCCUUCAGAAAGUAUAAAAAAUCGAUUCCAGAAAAGAAAUUAAUUAAGAUUUUUAAUGAAUUAAUUAUUAUUUUCAAGUCUUCUUCUAUCAGUUACUUGAAAAAUGUUUCUUCAUCGACAAAUAGGGAAUUAUACAGACCGAUAUUACGUUCAGUUCUAAUUAUUUUUGAUUUAGUUAAAAAUAAUGAACAAUUUGUGGACCUUGCUUCCGAUAGUAUUUUAGAAUUCUUUGAAUGGAGUUUCUCAAAAGGUGUGUAUUUGAUCCUAUCUAAUAUAUUGGCGGAUAUGACUAAUACAACAACUCUUUCUGAAUCAGCUGUUAUUUGUGAUAUGGAUGAAAGAAUUCAGGAUAUAUUUUUAUUAUUAUCCAUAUUUAAUAAAAUUAAACAAUUGAACCCACCAAGCUCGUUCAAUAUUGUAUUGGCUUCAUCAUUAGAUGAUGUUGGUACAAUUAAAGUUAUUUUGAAUUUAUACUCCAGUUUCCCAUCAAUUAGAUUAAACGUUGAACCGUUAUUAGGUAAUUUAAUUCUAACAUUGGUAUCCGAAUUAUGUUCAGUGAAAGAAAUAUCUAGUAAAUUCAUCACCAAUGGUCUGUUUGCUGUCCUAUUAGAGAGUUCAUUAUCGGUAAUCUUACAAGAGGGUAACAUUAAACCAAGUACACAACCUAGAUUACAUAAUAUUUGGAGUAAUGGAUUACUAUGCAUCAUGUUAUUAUUAUUAAGUGAAUUUGGUGGUAGCAUCUUACCAGAGACAUGUUUAUUUGCAUCAUAUUUCCAUAAACAAAUUCAAUCUACUAUUUAUUCAUGGUCUGAUAACGAUUUAGUUGUUUCAACUGCAUUAAUUAGAGAGACUACACAAUUAAUUCUAUUACAAAGAAUGUUAGAGAAAUUGAAUUAUCAAGGGUAUUUAUUAAAUUCAAAUGUUCCAAAUAUUGAUGACAAGAAAUUUAAUGAUUUUAAUGAAAAUGAAAAUGGUCAAAUAGCUCAUUUAAUGAUAGGUUUAGAUUCAAUGGAAGAGAAAAAAGCAUUGAAUAUGACUUUAAACAAAUUAUUGACUCAUCCAAAAUACUUAAACUCCAGAAUCAUUGCAUCCACACAAGAAGAACAACAUAUGUUAGACGACGAAACAAAAAGAUCUGGACUUGUCUCGCAUAUCAAUUCUAGCAUCAAAGAUUUACAAAGAUCACUCUUUGAAGUGUUGUAA